AUGCAGGGAUUUGUUCCGGUCACUCAAGGCGUUCAUGGGCCACCUCGCCGCGACUGGAACAAGUACGCAGCCACAUCAUUCUUUCAGACUUCCGUGAGAUAUAGUUUUGAGGGGGGAUCGUACGGUAGACCCUAUGGCGCCGCCAGUAACGCGUAUGGCCCGGAUAAGCCCAGCAGUGACGGUGCACCUCCAGGGUUUGACGGGUCUGGCCCGGGGUAUGGGCUCAGGAGUAGACAGAGGCCACGAGGAGAGGAUGACCCUGCACGCAAGCCGUAUGUGCCGGGGGCGCCACUGAUGGUGGAGGACUCGUUCAACGACGAGACGUUCGGAGGGAGCAGCAGAGAUGCCAGGCGGAUGGAGGAAGAGAAGAGGCGCCGCGAGGAGUUCGAGCAAUUCCGCAGGGCGCAGCAUCAGAAGCAGGGAGGCGGGCAGCAAACACCAGGACCCCACGCACCCUCCUCCCUCACCUCCUCCACCACCACCGCGGCUGCUACAACCACUGCAGGCCCUGCAGGCUCAGCAGCCAGGGCGCCGCUGUCGCAGGCAGAGCUGCAGCGCAGGAGGCACGACGAGGACUCUCUUUGGGACUCCCCUGCGCUCUCUGCAGACCAGGAAGAGGGGAGCUCCGCGUAUCAGGGCGGCACAACAGCCGAAGAGGACGACUCAGAGCCUCUCGCGUCGCCUCGUGCCACAGAGGAUUCAGAUUUGGAUUUGGACUCGCGCAACGCAGCAGGCUUACCAGCAGCAGCAGCAGCAGCAGGAGGAGGAGCAGCAGCAGCAGCAGCAGGAGCAGCAGCAGCAGGAGGGGCACUGGCAGCAGUGCUGGCGCCGUCUGUGGCGGCGCUUAUGGGCCUGGCGCCCUCAGCUCCGCCUGGCUUUCCCGGUGCGGCUGCGCUGGGGGUGAAUGCUCCUGCACCUGCUGCUGGUGCUGCUGCUGGUGCGCCUGGGGUGGGUAGCUCUGUAGGAGACGGUGGGGCCGAGGGAGAGAAGCUGGUGGCGUGGCUGGGAGGGAUCAUGGCUGGGGCAGGCGCUGGUGUGGGUGCUGGUACAGGCGCGGGUGUUGGUGACAGUGAUGGUGCUGGUGCUGGGGGAAGUGGGGUGGUGGUGCGCCCGUUGGGUGGGCUUACUCCGCCUGCGAUCCCACCUGCCUCUGCGUCUCUCUCGCUGGAAGACGUGGAGAGGGAGCUGCAGCAGUCCGCGACUUUUGAGGCGCCUCAAGAGUUGCAGCAGUCAGCUCGCGCAGAUCAACUGAGUGGUGAGGCAGCGGCUGACUCUGCUGGCUCAGUUGUGGGCGUGCGUGCUCUGAGAGGCCAGAGGAGUGGUGUUGACGAGGCAAAGGAAGUAGAGAAGGAGGCAGGGCAGCGUCUCUCUGUGAACGAUCUGUUUGCUGGGUCUGGGUUGCUGUCAGCAGGGGUCGAGAGCGCAGCAGGAAGAGGAGGAGAAAGGGGAGGGGACGCACGGGGCGGGUGGCCGGCAUUGUCUGGAAGUGUGGCUCUUGCGUCAGACCUAGAGGCAGAUGCUGGGGUAGGCUCAUUCGGGGUAGAUUCUGCUGCAGCUGUGAGCGAUCAUGGGAAAGUAGAUGCUGUGGAUGAUUCUCCAGUGGGAGUGCUGGUAAAAGCUCCCAUGUCUCCGUCGCCGGCCCAUCCUCCCAUCCCUGAAGGGUCUACCUCCCCUAGCUGGUCCCUGCCUCCAGAAUCAUCCCUCUUCGGUCCGUCCCCUGACAAGCAAACCAGAGCCGCCGCAGCAGAAGCAGCAGCAGAAGGGGAUGCUACAUCUGCCGCUGUUGCUCCUGACUUGCAGCUUGAUCCCUCGUCUUCUGCUGCUGAUGCCACUUCAGCUCUAUCCAAGCUACUCGCAGGCAGUGGCAGCAGCAGCACCGCUAGCAGUGGCGCAGGCAUGGGCAUGGGCACCGGCCCUGGCUUUCAGCAGAGGGGAAUUUGGGGAGGCAUGGGCUUUGGUGCUCUCUUGGCUGGUGGUGCAGCCGGCACCUCAGCAUUUUCCACUGGUCAAACCAGUCAACCAGGUCUUGACUGGUCGUCUGUUUUUGAGGCGCCUCAGAAGUCAACUGCCACGUCAGCAUUCUCCACCGGUCAAACCAGUCAACCCGGCCUUGACUGGUCGUCUGGGCCUCUUGGCUCGGGAGCAGCGUGGGGGGCAGCAGGAUCGCGGAAAGGGUUUGCGGAGGGCAAGGCAGGGAGGGAGUGGGGCAGCACGGGGGGUUCUGCGAGCAAGAGUGGGGGGAAAGAGAAUGGGCUUGACACAUCUUUGUCUUCUUCUGGCGCCGCUGCUGCUGAGGCUGCUGGUGGUGCUGGUGCUGCUCUGCUGUGGGGUGAAGGAGGGGAGGUGGGGGGAACACCAGAGGCUUUGUUGGAGAUGAUGCGAGGGGAGAAGAAGGGGCAGCGGCAGGCAGGCAACGGCAGUGGUGGUGUGAUGGAUGAGGGCUCUCGGGAGGGGUUGUCUGGGUUUGUUGGAAAUGGAGUGGGAGGGGGAGGGAGGGAGGGCAAGGGCAGGAGUGGUGACUCGUCGAGUGGAGAUGGCGUUUCGCUUCUGACGCAGCUGUUCACCAAUCCCAAGAGCUAUGAAUCGCUGCUGGUUCCUGGACUGCUGGCGGCUGGUGAAGGUACAGGUGAAGGGGGGGAUGGGUCUGACAAUGGUGCGCUGGUUGGGGGAGGGGCGUCUGCUGCUUCCAUGCAUCUGCUGUCGCUGCUGACAGGCGGGGCACAGGUAGGAGCGGGAGGUGGGCAGGCAGGUGGUGGAGGAGUAGGAGAUGUUGUGGUUGUAAAAGGAGCAGCAGCCGCUGCAGCUGAUGAAGCGGCUGAUGAUUUUGUUGCUGGUACUGGGGGAUCCGUGGCGUUGGGAGUACAGGAAGAAAAGGGCAGCGCGACUGGUAGUGGUGGUGGUUGUAGCAACGGGCAUGUGCAUGGACGGGUGGGUGUGCAUUCAGAUGGAGAUGCAGAUGGUGGUGUUGAGAUUGCUUUUGAAAAGAAGGAUGCAAAAUCACCUGUUGCUGCUUCUGCUAAGGGGACGGCAGCAGGUGUGGAUAAGCAGAUGACACCAGACACUAAUAAGAAGAAAGAAGUAGGCGCUGGGGACAAGCAGGCAGUAGCAGGUGCUUGUGACCCUUCAAAUGCAGGCAGUAAGAGCGGGGAGAAGGGCGAUAUGGAAUCAGGCAAGAAAGUGAGUGGGGAACAAUGCUCGUGUGAUAAAUUCUCAGCUUUAGCAGCAAAAGAUGGUGGGGACACCAAACCACCAGGAGCAGAAUCAGCAGCAGCGGGAGCCACAGCAGAAGGAGUAGAAGGGCUGGAAGAGGGAGAAAUAGGCGGUAGAAACUCUGUAGAUGCGCUGCAAGCGAGGAAGGAGACGGCGAAGCAGGAGUCUCGUCCGCAGCAGGUGCAGAGGCCUGGCAUUGUGAAGCGGCUGUUUGGGUUCUUCCAAAGCUCCCCGGCCCCUUCCACACCACCACCUGCUGCUGAUUCUGCUGCUGCUGCUGCUGCUGCUGCUGCUGCUGAGGAGGAGCGGAAGCAGGUGGGGAAGCAAACGUUAGUCGGGGACAGCCAGGAGGAGAGGGAUCAAAAGGGUGGGGAGGGAUGUGCCGUGGAGCGAGAGGGCGCAAGAAAUGAGGAGCAGGGGAAGGGUGCUGGUGUAGAGGACAUGUUGAGAAGCAGCGGCAGCGAGGGCUUGGGUGUAAAGAAGACAGUGAAUACUGACACUGGUGGGGUGCAGAGUGGUGCUGAGGCAAUACAGAUGGGUGGAGAGGAAGGUAAUGCAGGAGAGAAAGGGGACUUGGGGGAGCAGAAGGAGGGGGGUGGAAAGGGAAGCGUGCAAGAUACAGGCGGCCAAGGCAAGCAAUUGGACAAUUCCCCAUCCUCUGCCUAUGCAUUCUCUCCCCCACACCAUGCACUCUCCACAGCCCCAUAUGCCCCCGUACCCUCAUCAGCUGCCCUUCCUUCACUUGCUUCAGAAAACAGGUGA